AGGGCGCGAGGGAGCGCGGCGCGGCGCGGCCGCCGCGUGCGCGAGCCGGGUUGCAGCCCAGCAGGGACUUUCCAGCCGGCGGCGGCGGCGGCGGCCGCCGGCCCUUCCCCGCCCCCCGACAUGGGGCUGCCCGGGGAGCAGGACGCUGCGGACCGCGGCGGAGGACGCGCCCGGCGCCCCUGAGCCGGCCCAGCGGCGGCGGACCGCGAGAUGGACCUGUGACUGAUUCACGACCCGAGAGCCGCAGUGGCCGCCAAGGCCGGCGCGCACGGGGGCCAGUCUGGGGCCGGUGCACACGUUACACCUUCGAUUAACAGUAAAGAUGAGGAAACCGAGGCUCAAAGAAGUUAUGCCACUUGGUUAAGGUCCUAAGCAGGUCACAACCAGAUCUAGGAUCAGAAACCUGGCUCCUGGCUCUCUAUUCUCCUAAGGAUCGCUUCCCUGGCAGAAGAGGUAAGGGACUCCACUAUAUUAUUUGAAGAAGGAUAAGGUUGACACUGCUCUGCUUCUUUAUUUAAGUCUCUUCCUCCAUGGUCAAGCUUCAGUAUAUCUCCUUACAACCUAUGACACACAGGAUUUCUCUUUCGCAAAAUGGAGUCAAGUAAAAAGAUGGACUCUCCUGGUGCACUGCAGACUAACCCGCCACUAAAGCUUCACCCUGACCGCAGUGCUGGGACAUCAGUUUUCGUCCCUGAACAAGGAGGUUACAAAGAAAAGUUUGUGAAGACUGUGGAGGACAAGUACAAGUGUGAGAAGUGCCGCCUGGUGCUGUGUAACCCGAAGCAGACCGAGUGUGGACACCGGUUCUGUGAGACCUGCAUGGCAGCCUUGCUGGGCUCCUCAAGUCCAAAAUGUACAGCGUGUCAAGAAAGCAUCAUUAAAGAUAAGGUAUUUAAGGAUAAUUGCUGCAAGAGAGAGAUUCUGGCCCUUCAGAUCUAUUGUCGGAAUGAAAGCAAAGGUUGUGCAGAGCAGUUAACACUGGGACAUCUGCUAGUGCAUUUAAAAAAUGAUUGCCAGUUUGAAGAACUUUCAUGUGUGCGUGCUGACUGCAAAGAAAAAGUACUGAGAAAAGACCUGUGUGAUCACGUGGAAAAGGCCUGUAAAUACCGUGAGGCCACAUGCAAUCACUGCAAGAGUCAAGUUCCAAUGAUCACAUUGCAGAAACAUGAAGACACCGAGUGUCCCUGCGUGGUGGUGUCCUGUCCUCACAAAUGCAGUGUCCAGUCUCUUCUGAGGAGUGAGUUGAGUGCACACUUGUCAGAGUGUGUCAAUGCCCCCAGCACCUGUAGUUUUAAGCGCUAUGGCUGCGUUUUUCAGGGGACAAACCAGCAGAUCAAGGCCCACGAGGCCAGCUCUGCAGUGCAGCACGUCAACCUGCUGAAGGAGUGGAGCAACUCCCUAGAGAAGAAGGUUUCCUUGCUGCAGAAUGAAAGUGUAGAAAAAAACAAGAGCAUACAGAGUUUGCACAAUCAGAUAUGUAGCUUUGAAAUUGAAAUUGAGAGGCAAAAGGAAAUGCUUCGAAAUAAUGAAUCCAAAAUACUUCAUUUACAGCGGGUAAUAGACAGCCAAGCAGAGAAACUGAAAGAGCUCGACAAAGAGAUCCGCCCCUUCCGGCAGAACUGGGAAGAAGCGGACAGCAUGAAGAGCAGCGUGGAGUCCCUCCAGAACCGCGUGACCGAGCUGGAAAGUGUGGACAAGAGCGCGGGGCAGGCGGCUCGCAACACCGGCCUGCUGGAGUCCCAGCUGAGCCGGCAUGACCAGAUGCUGAGCGUCCAUGACAUCCGCCUGGCCGACAUGGACCUGCGGUUCCAGGUCCUCGAGACCGCCAGCUACAACGGCGUGCUGAUUUGGAAGAUCCGUGAUUACAAGCGGCGGAAGCAGGAGGCCGUCAUGGGGAAGACCCUAUCUCUUUACAGCCAGCCUUUCUACACUGGCUAUUUUGGCUAUAAGAUGUGUGCCAGGGUCUACCUGAAUGGGGACGGGAUGGGGAAAGGGACGCAUCUGUCGCUGUUUUUUGUCAUUAUGCGUGGAGAAUACGAUGCUCUGCUUCCCUGGCCGUUCAAGCAGAAAGUGACGCUCAUGUUGAUGGAUCAGGGGUCCUCUCGGCGUCACUUGGGAGAUGCAUUCAAGCCCGACCCCAACAGCAGCAGCUUCAAGAAACCCACUGGAGAGAUGAAUAUUGCCUCUGGCUGCCCAGUCUUUGUGGCCCAAACUGUUUUAGAAAAUGGGACGUAUAUUAAAGAUGAUACAAUUUUUAUUAAAGUCAUAGUGGAUACUUCGGAUCUGCCCGACCCCUGACGAGUAACUGGGGAGGUGGAUUUAGCAGAAGGUAACUCCUCUGGAGGGUUUGAACCAGUCUUUCCUCACUGAGGUCCUCGCGCUCAGAAAAGGACCUUAUGGAACGGAGGAAGCGGCAGAAGGCGGCUGCGCAGCGGUGGGAGGAGCCCCACGUGAAAACAGACCUGACAUGUUUUCUAAUAGACUAGCAUCACUUCGCUCUGAGGAAUUAUUUAUCCUUCGAUGAGAUAAAUACUGCUGUCAGAGAAGGUUUUCAUUUUAUUUUUAAAGAUCUAGUUAAUUAAGGUGGAAAACAUAUAUGCUAAAAAAAAGAAACAUGAUUUUUCUUCCUUAAACUUGAAUAUCACAAAAAGAAAACACACACGUGUGGGGAUAGCUGGACAUGUCAGCAUGUUAAGUGAAAGGAAAACUUAUGAAAUAAUAAUACAAUUCUGAUAUAUUCAUUCUAAAACUCAAGAGUGCAAUCUUGUUUCAAAUAUAGUAUAUUGUCUAUUUUUAA